CGUUCCCCUCCCCGUUCCCCUCCCCGUUUCCCUUCCCUUCCCACUCACUCCCCUUUCCCCAGCUUGCAAGAAUCAAGACAACCGGCGCAGAACAAAAAGCUCUUCACAGCACUUCACAGCACUUCGCAGUCCGAGCAAAGCGUCAAAACCCAUUUUAGAAAAACCUCAGCUUUAAUCUCCCCUCCCGCCGCCUCAAUCGCCCCCGGAUCGCAAUCGACGUGCUCUAGAAUCACCGUGCGGGCGUGAGUGUAGCUAAAGCCAGAUCAUCAAAUUUCGCUUCUCCGGUGUGGGUGUGCCCUAUCCCGUAUGCCAUGCAGAUUUUUAUGCACCGUUCCGCCGUGGCUGGCUGGCUGGCUGCGGUACAUACAUAGAGUACACACCGGUACGGUAUGUACCGGGCAUCUAUCUAUGCACGCUGCAGAUGGCCACCCACACACGCUGCAGAGCUGCGCAUACAUGGGAAGUAUGCUGCCAAUCGGCUUGCAAUACCGCUCGAAAUGUAUUCUUGCUCCCGCCGGCGGGUUAACGACGGUUCGCGGGAGGGGGUGGAGGGGAAGUGCCGGCUGAAUGGAGCUCGAAGCGCACGGGUUUGUUUGCAGACUCGAGAUAGAGGAGAUCAAUCUACAAAUUGUCGCAGACGGCCUUCCUAUGUAGACCAGAGAGAGAGAGAGAGAGAGAGAGAGGGAGAGA